ACGAGGGAAUUGACUUUGGUGCCUCAAAAGCAGCAUUCAGAGAUCACUAAAGAUCGUAUAAAAUUAUAAACUACUAAUACCAAGAAAAAAAAAACUUCAGCUUGCUCUCAAAAUGGAAACUAGAUCAGAGGACAAGAAAAUGAAUUUUGAUCUAUCUCUUAAAAUAGAUACUGAAAAUAAACCAGAUCAAGACAUAGAAACAAGAGAACAAGUCCAAGAAAUUCAAGAAAAUGAUCAAGAAGAUGAGAAAAUAGAUCUUCAUGAACAAGAAAUCAUAAAUGAUGAAACAAUUGUAAUUGGUGCAGCUGGUGGAGAAGUUGUUGAUGAUUCUUCUGUAGAAUUAUCUUUGCAAGAUACCACAAAAACACAACAUCAGUUAUGUGCUUUACAAAUGGAGAUGAAUAGGAUGAAAGAGGAAAAUGAAUUGUUGAGGAAAGUAGUAGAACAAACCAUGAAAGAUUACUGUGAUCUUCAGAUGAAAUUUGCAGUUGUUCAACAAAAUACACACAAGGAUCCCCAUGUGUUUCUUUCACUUAAUAUUAAUCAGAAUUCUGUCCAAGAACACAAGACUACUGUUGUUUCAACCAAUCAAAGAGCACAGUCAUCAAUGGAUGAAUUAGGAUUGUCAUUAAGGCUGCAAACUAAUCACUCAGAUCAACAAGAAAAAGAUGAAGAGAAUAAGGAAGCAAAUGGGAAUUAUGAGUCUAAUUUGGUGCAAAAUCAGCUUCAAAAAACUGAUCAUAGUCAUCAAUUUGGUGGUGGAAUCACUAAUCAUGGUGCUUCUGCUUCUUUAGCAAACAGAAAAUCUAGGGUUUCAGUCAGAGCUAGAUGUCAAGGAGCAACAAUGAAUGAUGGUUGCCAAUGGAGAAAAUAUGGGCAGAAAAUUGCCAAAGGCAAUCCUUGCCCUCGGGCCUAUUAUCGAUGCACCGUAGCUCCGGCAUGCCCCGUUCGGAAACAGGUGCAAAGAUGUUUAGAAGACAUGUCAAUUCUUAUUACAACAUAUGAAGGAACACAUAACCAUCCACUUCCUGUUGGUGCAACAGCAAUGGCAUCAACUACAUCAUCAGCUUCUCCUAAUUCAUUCAUGUUACUUGACUCCGCCAAUCCUUCAUCUCAACCAUCACUCCCAUAUCGCGCUGGUGGCGGCGCGUCUCACACGUUUUACCCUCAUUGGUCGCCUUUUCGGGCGGAAAACCCUAAUAAUGAUCCUUCUAAAGGGCUUAUUUUUGAUCUUACAAAUAAUAAUUACACUAAUCCCCAUCAUCAACAUUCUUCAGAAAUCCCGUCGUCGUCGGCUCCGCCGGGAUUUUCUUGGUUGCCAAACAUGAAGUCAUCAUCUAGCCCUAGAGUACUGGUGGAUGAAAAUGUAAGUGCUAUUGCUUCUGAUCCAAAUUUUAGGGUUUCUGUUGUUGCGGCUGCUAUUAAAUCUAUGAUCAAUAAAGAAAUGGGAGAUCAAGGUGGUAGCUCAUCUAGCAACAAUUGGGGUCUUCAUUCUCUCUCUACAAAUGAUAAUUCAAUUAGUAAUUCAUCUUCAAAGAAACUAAAUUAAAUUAAAUAAUUUAUAUGGAAGUUAAAGUAUGUUAUAUUUUUACUUUAAAAUGUACUAGAUUUGGUAAUUAUUUAUCAUAUAUACCCAAUAAAACUCAAAUCCUCUUUGUAAGUGUAAGUAUUUGGAUUGUAUGUAAUUUUAGACGCAAAUUAACUUUUCAGUGCA